AUGCCUAAGAAACCGCGGUACAUCUGUAUCUCCAACGCUGGCACUGACAAAAAUCAGCAUAUCAACACUGGGACUGAACAUGUUGCUGAGCCUGCCCAAAAAGAAGCUGUACCCCGGAACAAGUCCAACGGUCGCAAGGAUACGGAUUAUUGGAAUGUUAUCGUAAGCGAUGAUGGCAUCACAAGAACGAUGAGUUUGAGCGUCAAGGAGGCCAUAGUACUUCCUUCUAGCAGAAAAAUCAUUUUGGAGUUUAAUAAAGAGUUGCAACCGAUCGGUCAGGCGGCUGGAUUAUUGAGUGGGUUUUUAGGGAAUCUGGGUGCUGACUUUCAACAUUUUCCCAUCAGUGAAGACAGUUGGAAGACAAUGGACAAAGCUUUAAAGGAACAUGCAUAUGAGACAAUUAAGUGUACCUUUCGGUAUGAGGAGGAUGACAAGGGAACAAUAAAGCGGGUAAUGAUCCAAAGGCUAGGAAAAAUCUGGAAGGAAGAAAGAAACCACUUGUUUCACAAGGUUUACGACGAGGAAGAGAGUUACGAAGUAAAUGCCAAACGUAACCCAUCAGGAAUAGAUGCACAGCAGUGGAGAUGGUUCCUUUACUAUCGUUUGAAGGAAUCUACGAAGACAAAAUUCUCUAAAUCGGUCGAAGCAACGAUAUACACAUACUGGGGCUCUAAGACAACAGCAAGGCUAAGGGAUGAAGAGGAGAAAAAACAGCAAAGGCGCAUCAGUAGAGGAGAGAUGUUUAUUAUGACUCAUAGAAAAAGGGAUAGCUCAUAUAUGAAUGAUGAUGCGCGUGUUGUUGGAGAAGCAAUUGCGAGUAUCGAGAGCCAAGGUGGAACCUCGAAGGAGAUUUCUGUUACUGAUUCGCUUGCGCAAGUCCUUGGAAAGGAGCAUUCAGGGCGAGUUCGGGGGUUAGGUUUUGGACCAUGUCCAAGCGAAAUUAUUCGUAAUACUCCACAAUCGAACCCUAGAGUGCAAAUUGAGGAGUAUCAGAGAAAAAUUACAGAAUUGAAGGAAGUGGCAGCAGAACAAAAGGCAGAGAUUACAGAAUUGAAGGCAGCAGCAGCAGAACAUAAGGCAGCAGCAACAGAACAUAAGGCAGAGGCAGCAGAGGACAAGGCAAAGAUACAGAUAAUGGAGAACUUGGUGAAAUACAUCAUCUAA